AAGAGUGGACCUCUCAAGAGGAGAAAAGAGAGGCUUAUGGAUAUGAUGGGCCGCUGUGAUCACACCAUAAAGGCCAAAGCAUUCGGGUGAAAAUGAUCAAUUUAGCAUUGCCUUAACUUGCAGUUACUAACUGACCAAAAAAAUAAUAAUAAAAACUUGCAGUUACUCAUUAAUUAAAGUACAAGGUAUUUUGUACUAAAUCAUCAUCUAUUUUAGCACAAUGAAAUCAUUCGAUAAUUCCUUCAAGCAGAAGCAAAAAAAGGUGAAACUGAGAUGAUUCUAUAAUAUCAAAUGAUACAACCAAGUAGCGAAAUCCUCGUUCCUGGGAGGUCCAACGUACGACGGUUGGUCCGGAACUCGAAAUGGUCGAACCUUUCUUUCGACUCGCGUCUGCGAGAGCAAUGCGAUAUCGCUACAGAGUCGUAGCUACGUCGAUGGGCGAUGGUGAGGAGCAGGCUGACGCAGAUGGUCUCAAAGCUUCGAUCUUUGAAGGAAGCAGAACAAGCCCAAGCUUCCAUCGUCAAAGCAGCCCUCUGGGACCACUCCGGCAUCGUUCCCAAGCUCAUAUCCUUCGCUUGUCUCUCCCCCGCAGGUAGCCUCUCGUACGCCCAAGCGAUCUUUCAAGAAACCAGCAUGGACAACCCCUUUGUUUGUAACACCAUGAUGCGAGCUUACUCAAAGAGCGCGUUUCCCAUCAAAGCUGUACUCAUUUACAACCACAUGCAUGGCGCGCGCGUUGAAUGUGAUCACUUCACCUACAAUUUCGUGCUCAAGGCCUGUGGCAAAAUACUCUGGUGCACUAAAGAUGAUGCGAGGCCUGUUGAGCGUAUUGGUGUCGCUUCCAAGGGAACUGAGAUUCAUUGCAGAGUCUGGAAGGUAGGGUUCGAUCAGGAUCGGUAUGUUCAGAAUUCUCUGCUCCAUGUGUAUUCUCAGUGUGGGUCAGUGAGUCACGCCCGCCGCCUUUUUGAUGAAAUGACGCAGAGGACUGUCGCUUCAUGGAACAUAAUUAUAUCGGCCUAUGAUCGGUCGGGUGAUUUCGCAUCUGCGGAUCGUCUUCUCGAGUCGAUGCCUGCAAAGAAUGUGGUUUCUUGGAAUACCUUGAUGGGACGAUACGUCAGGAUGGGCGAUCUUGCAGCGGCGAAGAAGGUGUUCCUGGAGAUGCCCGAGAGAGACGCCGUUUCCUGGAACUCGAUGAUUGCAGGUUACAUUCAAGUUAAAGAUUAUAAUGGCGCAUUAAGUCUGUUUCAUGAAAUGUCAAAUGCCAAUAUUGAAGCAACAGAGAUAACGCUUAUUUCUGUUCUGGGUGCUUGUGCGGAGACGGGUGCUCUGAAUGUUGGCGGGAUGAUCCAUGAGUCCUUAGAAGCCAAGGGAUAUAAAAUUGAAGGUUACUUAGGUAUUGCACUUAUUGACAUGUACUCUAAAUGUGGAAACUUGAGUCGUGCUUGGGAAGUAUUCAGUCGAGUGAAUAUGAAACCUGUUAGUUGCUGGAAUGCAAUGAUUGUGGGUUUGGCUGUCCAUGGUUAUUCUGACGAAGCUUUGGAGUUGUUUGCAGAGAUGGAGAGGAGGAUUGCUGGAGUUAGACCAAAUCGGGUCACCUUUAUUGGAGUCCUCAUCGCUUGUAGCCAUAAGGGCUUGGUGGAUAAGGGCCGUGAGUUCUUUGGUCGCAUGAGGAAGGAGUACAAGAUAGAGCCUGACAUGAAACACUAUGGGUGCAUGGUUGAUCUACUAAGCAGAUGGGGGUUGUUAAGUGAAGCUUAUGAGAUGAUCAAGAGUAUGCCCUUCCAAGCAAACUCUGUCUUGUGGAGAACGUUACUUGGUGCCUGUAGGGUACAUGGCAAUGUUGAGUUGGCUGAGUUAUCCUUCCAAGAGCUUACAGAUUUGGAACCUACUCAGGAUGGUGAUUAUGUGCUUCUAUCAAACAUUUACUCUGAAGCACGAAGAUGGGGUGAUGUGGAAUUGUUGAGAGGUGAAAUGAUUGACUUUAGCGUCACAAAGAGACCUGGCUCUAGUAACAUUGAGAUGAAGAUGAAGUAAGUCCAUUUCACUUGUUUACUUCACAGAAGUGAUCAAGACUCGACCAUCCAUUUCUGGGAGAACAUCAAAGAAUUUCAGUGGGCACAAUUGGCUUGAAAGUGAAGUCAUGGGAACACCUUUUUAGGUCAAUAUUGUAAUGUGCAAUUUCUAGGAGGAGCUUUGGGAACAAAGAAUCAUAAAAUGGCUUCCCUGGUUCAUUUUGUAAUGUGCAAUGUGUUGAAAUGAGCUGACAAUACUUGGAACACAACUCCUGUUGAAUUGGGAUCGAAAUCUUUUCCUACAACUAGUGUUGGUUUCAACAGUGUCUUCUGGGAGUAGGAAAGAAAUGCAGAAGUUCUUUGUCAAUUUACUCGUCUCCUCAUCGAAAGAAAUUCAGUAAUGACAGGGCCAUUUUCUGCAUAAUACGUGAAAAGAGGAUGUCCUAGUGCUUGUUUCUCAGUAUUGGACAAUUGCUUCUUCAAGUGAUUGCAAUUUUUUCAAGAAGCUCUUAGCAGGUUAGCAUACUCUUGACGCAGAAGCAUUCCAAAAGAGAUUUUUUCCCCUUUCAUCCUUUUGCAUAUAUAAUUCUUAGCAAUAUGAAAAUUUCCAUAUCCUGCAUAAUGAUUGGUGAUCCUACAAACAACAGGAAUUUAUUUUUCCUUAGUACCUCACAAAAUGUAAACCUCUAUCAGAAAUUUUAUUGUUUGCUAUACUAUAGCUAUCGGAACCUUUUUAUUUUCA